GUGGCAAGAUGAACACUGCGGUUGUCCGCUUUCCUGUGUUUGUCCACAUGUGCCGACUCCUCCAGCGUGAGAAGGAGGCCAAAGCUCUUGCCGAGGAGGAGGCGGAGGCUGCACGGUUGGGCUUCACCGAGCCACAGAUCAAGAAGCUACACUCCUCAUUCUGCUUGUGGGCUGCACAGACAGACGAAGAGGCAGGAGAAAAAGACGAGGAGGCCAAGCACGAGAAAGACAUCUUAAAGGCGUUCAAUGAGCUGGCCACUUUGCCCGUGGACAGUUUCUGCGAGUUUCUGAAGCAAAUGAACUCCAGGCUGUCUGACACCGACCUGGAGCAUCUUCGUAA